CAUAGACCGCCGCAGUCGCGCACAGUGAACCAAAAACCCAUCCUGCUGCAAAAGACUCCAUCUACCGCUAUGUCUUCAGUCUAGAAGCAGUUUGGUUCGCAGUCGGUUGCCGACGCGCCUUCUUCAUUCUCUUUCUUUUCGGCUUUUCGUACAUAUAGAGCACAAUCUUCAUUUGGGAAUAUAUGGUAACGUGUUCGUUCUUCGUGGGUUUUGCCGUUAUGUACCGCGUGUGAUGAGAUUUUGAUGCCGGUAAUCUUUCAGUGACGUCGACCAAUACGAUUGCUAGCUCAAAACCCGUCGUUGGUGAUAUGGGAAACAUAUUGGACUUUUUAUUCUUAUGACCAUUCGAUUUCUGGAACUGCCGAAGAGGCCCAGGGAAGAUGUGGAGACAAAUCUACCAACUUAGGCGCAUUUGCAUUUUUACGUGUUUUUCGGGAAUUUUGAUAUCGAAUGUAGUUUAUGGAGCCGGAGAUCUUUGGCCUCUGGAUCGACCUGAUGGAAUGCCUGCCAUUCAGUCGCUGGAAGUAAUGUGCGGGAAAGAUCACAUGGAUGUGCACCUUACAUUCAGCCAACCAUUCGAGGGCAUUGUGUCCAGUAAAGGCCAGCAUGGAGAUCCUAGAUGUGUCUACGUUCCACCUUCGACAGGGCAGACUUUCUUCUCGUUUCGGAUCGCCUAUGCCAGAUGCGGCACCAAACCGGACUUACACGGCCAGUUUUACGAAAAUACCGUCGUUGUGCAAUAUGACAAGGAUCUCUUAGAGGUGUGGGACGAGGCGAAGCGACUCAGGUGCGAAUGGUUCAAUGACUACGAAAAAACCGCAUCAAAACCCCCUAUGGUUAUAGCCGACCUUGAUGUCAUUCAGCUGGAUUUUCGAGGUGAUAACGUGGACUGUUGGAUGGAAAUCCAGCAUGGAAAAGGUCCAUGGGCGCCUCCAGUUAGCGGCAUCGUGCCACUUGGAUCAACCCUAACGCUAGUGGUAGCGAUCAAUGACUAUCGAGGCGAGUUUGACAUGCGGGUAAAAUCUUGCGUUGCUUCCGAUGGAGGAGGCCACGUUAUUCAACUCUCAGAUGAGUUCGGUUGCGUGCUUCGACCGAAAAUGAUCAGUCGAUUCCUCAAAGCUAGAGGCGCUGAUGAAAGAGCCUCUGUAAUCACUUAUGCAUUUUUCCAUGCAUUUAAGUUUCCUGAUGCUUUGAGUGUGCACAUCAAAUGUAAAGUCGAAAUUUGCAGACACGGUUGUCUGGACCACUGUCAGCUCCAGCCUAAUAAAGGCCCGAAUCUGGAUGGAAACUUUGAACACUAUAACAGUCCCUUGGAUAGGAAGGACGACAAGAUUUCUUCGUCUGAAAUCAAAGAUCGGACCCCGGAUCCUUUGGAUGAACAGCUUAAUGAGCAGGACAUGCUUUAUGAUGAUAUUAUUCAUGAAAACGACGCAGCAAUAGCUUCAGGGGAGGAAAUACCAGCCAUUAAAAUGUCCCUGAAUGCCCAUGUGAAUAAGCAGAACAACAAAAAAUCGUGGAAAAAACCCAACCCUGCGAACUCGAAAGAAAAUGUUUUAAGGGAAACUGAAAAAAGUGCGAACGCGGCCAACAAACAUGAUAAAGACGAGGAUGUUCUUGAUGAUGUUCUAGAUUUAGAGGAAGUGGACGUUCAUGCGGGGCCCCAUCAUGAAAUGUUCCAUGUGGGCCAGGAGAAAUUCCCGCAUGGGCCUCGGAAGUUGGAAUUGCCAGUCGCAGCUCCACGCAGCUUGGAAGAAGUAAAUCUAUCAUCUUCCGAGGAAGAAGGAAAAUUAUCGCAAAAUUCCAGCGAGAAACUUAAUCAAACCCGGGAAAUUCCCGUUUCACUGUUAGAGAAGAACAAUAGAAGACGAAGAUCAAUGGUGAUAUCCGACAGGAAAGCCAGAAGUGCAGAUGUUGGUGUCAGUGGAAUAUACGAGGUCAUUUCCGAAGCUGAUUUGGCCUUCAGUCCUGAUAAUCGAGCAGAAGCAGUUACGGUGUUUCAGGGCAGGAUAAGAGAGGAAGUCGUCUAUGGGAUAUGCAUGCCAGUGCCUGGAUUCAGUAUACUUUUCGUGCUGGUUGCAGUUUCAGCUGUUGUUUCAGCGCUAGUUGCAGGAACACUCUUGUAUAGGUAUCAGCUUCAAAAAGAGCAUAUAGCAAGGCAACAACAGCAACAGCAGCAACACCCAAACGGCUCAAUUCCCAUGAGCAUAUUUUCCAGCUGGAUCGGUUUGAAGCUGUUGAAGCCAUCGACUUCUUUGGCCACUCUUCGACCAGAAUCCAGCAUGUCGGAUCACAAUGGAACGAUGGAUACGUCCUUGUCCAUUGCGUCUAGUUCGAAUGGAAAAACUCUGAGUGGUAGAGAUUAGGGAGCUUCGGGUGCACAAAAGUCUAUUUUUUCAAACAACUAAUACCAGUUAUUUAAAAGUUUACGGGCAACAUUGCAAUAUAGAAGGCGACAGAAAUGUUGCCUCUAUUGUAGAUUGUAGAUACUGUUUAGUGUAGGAAUUCAAUGUAAAUAAUAUUUUUUAUUAUUUAUUGCUUUUGUUUUUUGACCCCUAAAACACUCUAUCGGGAGGUUACGAUUAAUUAAGGUUGCUGAUAGGAUAAUUUCGCAGAAAAGCUCAACUCAAAAGUAACGAACUUUUAGUUAAUUGCUCAAUUUUAUGCUCAAGGCAGCAAUCUGCUCGUGGACAGCAGUUGAUUUAUUUAUUUUUUAAUUAGAACUAUUCUAGCUAUAUUAAAUCGUUUGUAAGUAGUCGGUGGUGGGUAAUUAUUUACUGUUUUAGGGGCCAAAGAUUGCUAAUUUAUGUUAUCACUUACUCUAAGCAAGUUGCACGGAUUUCACAUAUCACUUAAAACUUUCAAUUAAAAAGUGUAUAGGAAAUGUGUUUUGUUAAACACGUUAAUUAAUUUGUGUAAAUAUAUCAUACACCAGUAUUUUAUUACGUGUUUGCUAAACGUUACUGAUCCAAUUUAUCUGCUUGUUUGCUCAGUUCUUUUUAUUUGAAUUUGGGCAGAAAAAUCGGCGAAAAAAAAUAAUUUAAAAUUUAAUCAGUACAAUAUAGCACACCCAUACGUGUAUAGUGUUUGUUAAUAAAACCAGAGUGUCCGCUAGUGUUUUUUAAUUAGUCUGCAUAGUUUAUUUAUGUUAAACUUUAAUGUCUAGCUAGUAGGUUCUUGGUUAUUGUCCCAAUGAAGUCAAAUUGGGAUUCGAAAUUUAUUUCGUUCAGUCGAGUGGAUAUUUUUUAAUAAAAUUUUAAAUAAUUCGUGUUUUUUGGGUUUCAAAUUUAUUCAUGUAUGACCUUCAUUUUUUCAUGUGUUUCAUUCCGUUUCCACCUAAUAUAUUAUGUAUAUGUUAUAUUUAUUCACUUCUACACUACAAGAGGCUAUUUAAUUUAUUUUACACGUUUGUAUAUAUUUAAUGGGAAUAUAAAUCAUUAGACGAGUA